AUGUCCUGCUUCGACGUGGAGGGCGCCCUGCGGCCCCUGCCCUCCCUGUGCAUGCAGGGCGGCUGGCCUCAGGUCCCGAGCCUGACCGUUCACUACACCACGUCAGAGUUGCUGGCCGAGCAGCUCCGCGUCGCGGCCGACGAGCUCGAGCGCCGCGCCCCCGGGCGGGCGCCCGAGCUCCCGCUGGGGGCCUCCCGGGGCCUCCUCGGCGCCGACGCGGGCCCCGCGGGCCUCCCCAGCUGCGGCGCCUACGCCGGCCCGGCCACGCCCCCGCGGGUGCACGCGGCGGACGCCGGGCUCGCGCGCCGCGUGCCCAGGGGCCGACAGAGGGACACGCCGGUGUGCUGCCGGGCCAGGGAGCGCUUCACCCACGGCGGGCCCGAGGCCGUCGGCGCCGCGCUCGAGGUGGCCGCCGCGGAGGCCUUCGGCUGGGCGGACGCCCUGGAGGAGGCGGGUGCCGUGGCUGCCGGGCUCGGGCUCGCUGCCGACGGAUGCCUCCGCUGGGAAGGCAGCCUUCCCUUCGCCUGGGCGAAGGCCCCCCCCCGCACCACGCGCUGCCGGCUCGGCGGCGGCGCCGGGGCGAAGGCGCCCCCCCGCACCGCGGACUCCGCGCCCGGCAGCGGCGGCGCCCGGGCAAAGGCUUCCCCGCGCACCGCGGACUCUGGGCCCGGCGGUGACGCCUCGGCGCAGACCUCCGCCCGCACCGCGGACGCCGGGGCCGACAGCGACGCCAUCGGCAGCGCCGCGACAGCCAAGGGACGGUCGACUCGGGGGGCGCCCCGGAGCCCGCGGGCAGCGGCAGCUCGUCGCGCAGCGUGUCGCCGCGGCGGCCGCAGGCGUACUUCAUCAGGCAGUGGUGCCGCGUCCAGCUGCCCGACGGCAGCGGGGCGACCGUGUCCCGGGUGGUGA